UCCUCAGCGACAAAAACAAACGCAAGCCCGAGCUCGCCUCAGCCCCAGGCAGCCUGGAAAGCCCUCCUGCCCCGAGCGUCCAAAGAUCCAGCGCCUGCGCAUGCGCACUCCGCGCGGCCUGUUGGGACUGGAACCAGUCCCUCCCAUCGGCGGACUACAUUUCCCACAGGCCUCCGCGCGCAGUUCUUUCCGGCUUCCCUGCUGGUGUCGGCUCCGAGAGCUCUGGCUCAUCAGGACUCCGUAGUUCUCUAACAGAGAAAUCUCAAAAAGGACUGACGAGUUUUUGCACUUCUAAAACCAUGGCCCAUGGUUCAGUGACAUUCAGGGAUGUGGCCAUAGACUUUUCACAGGAAGAAUGGGAAUUCCUGGAUCCUGCUCAGAGGGACUUAUAUAGGGAUGUGAUGUGGGAGAACUAUAGCAACUUCAUUUCACUAGCAGGACCUUCCAUUUCUAAACCAGAUGUGAUUACCUUAUUGGAUGAAGAAGGGAAGGAACCCGGGAUGGUUGUAAGGGAAGGGACAAGAAGAUACUGCCCUGAUUUGGAAUCCAGAUAUAGGACCAAUACUUUAUCUCCAGAAAAGGACAUUUAUGAAAUAUAUUCAUUUCAAUGGGAUAUAAUGGAAAGAAUUAAAAGCUAUAGCCUUCAGGGUUCUGUUUUUAGGAAUGAUUGGGAAUGCAAAAGCAAGAUUGAGGGGGAAAAGCAACAACAAGAGGAAUAUUUUGGGCAAGUGAAAAUUACCUCUGAAAAAAUGACCACUUACAAAAGGCACAAUUUUCUUACGGAGUAUCAGAUCGUUCAUAAUGGAGAAAAGGUGUAUGAGUGUAAGGAGUGUAGGAAGACCUUUAUUCGUCGCUCAACACUUAGUCAACACCUGAGAAUUCAUACUGGUGAGAAACCUUAUAAGUGUAAAGAAUGUGGGCAGGCCUUUAGACAGCGUGCACAUCUUAUUCGACAUCACAAACUUCACACUGGUGAGAAACCCUAUGAAUGUAAGGAGUGUGGGAAGGCCUUUACAGUGCUCCAAGAACUUACUCAACAUCAGAGACUUCAUACGGGUGAAAAGCCCUAUGAAUGUAAGGAAUGUGGAAAGGCCUUUAGAGUACAUCAGCAACUGGCUCGACAUCAGAGAAUUCACACUGGUGAGAAACCCUACGAAUGUAAGGACUGUGGAAAGACCUUUAGACAGUGUACACACCUUACACGCCAUCAGAGACUUCAUACUGCUGAAAAGCUCUAUGAAUGUAAGGAAUGUGGGAAAGCCUUCGUAUGUGGUCCAGACCUUAGAGUACAUCAGAAAAUUCAUUUUGGUGAGAAACCCUAUGAAUGUAAGGAAUGUGGGAAGGCUUUUAGAAUAUGCCAACAACUUACUGUUCAUCAGAGUAUUCAUACUGGUGAGAAACCCUACGAAUGUAAGGAAUGUGGGAAGACUUUUAGAUUAAGACAACAACUAGUUCGCCAUCAGAGAAUACAUACUCGUGAGAAACCCUAUGAAUGUAUGGAAUGUUGGAAGACCUUUAGUAGUUACUCACAGCUAAUUUCACACCAGAGCAUUCAUAUUGGUGAGAGACCCUAUGAAUGUGAAGAGUGUGGAAAGGCCUUUAGACUGCUUUCACAACUUACUCAGCAUCAAAGUAUUCACACUGGUGAGAAACCUUAUGAAUGUAAGGAAUGUAGAAAACCUUUUAGACUGCUCUCACAACUUACCCAACAUCAGAGUAUUCACACUGGUGAGAAACCUUAUGAAUGUAAGGAAUGUGGUAAGGCUUUUAGACUUUAUUCAUUUCUUACUCAACACCAGAGAAUUCAUACUGGUGAGAAACCCUACAAGUGUAAGGAGUGUAAGAAGGCCUUUAGACAGCAUUCACACCUUACUCAACAUCAGAAGAUUCAUAAUGGAAUUUAAUAGAAGAAAGCCUUCAAAUGUAUAUGAUGUUACAGAACAUCAGAAAAUUCAUUUUUGAGAAAAUGUGUUCCAUGCUUAAUUCCAAACAUAAUAAAUUUUAUAUUAGAGAAAGAAUAUGUUGAUUUAAAAGCCUUCCAACACCAUUUAAACAUGGUUUAUCUUCAGCAAAUUCCUAUGAGAAUAACGUAAUGAAUGUAGGAAAAUCUUUAGCCUUAUCUGUCAUUAUCUCCCUUUCUCCACUUUAUUACCAGUGUGAUUUAUUGGACAAGAUACUAAGCUUCUGUGCCUCAUUUUGCUGACUUGUAAAAUGGUAAUAAUAGUACUUAUAUGUAUUAGUUAUUUAUUGCUGUGUAAUAAAUUACCACAAACGUAGUAGCUUAAAAUAACAUACAUUUAUAUCUUACAAUUUGGAUCAGAAGUAUAGGCAUGACUUAAUUGGGUCCUCUGCUUCAGGGUCUCUUGCAAGGCUACAGAUUUCAGCCAGGGCUGAGGUCUCAUCUGAAGGCUCAACUGGGGAAGGAUCCACAUCCAUACUAACACAGUUGUUACCCAAAUGUAUUUCCGUGAGGCCUGUUGCAUUGAGAUUCUCAGUUUCUAGCUGGCUGUUGGCUGAACGCUGACUGCAGUUCCUGGCCACAAUAGUCUCAUCAGCAUAGCUGCUUGCUUCAUCAAGGCAUGCAAGCCAAAAGCAGGGAGAGUCUGCUAGCAAGAUGGAAGUUACAAUCAUGUGUUAUCUAAUCAUGGAAGUAACAUUCCCUCACCUUCUACUGGUAGAAAUAAGUUACUAGGAUAGCCCACACUCAAGAGAAGAGGAUGAUACAAGAGUGUGAACAAGUCCUCACGACAGGACCACUGGGGGGCCUUUUUAGAGUCAGCCUGCCACACUGUGGAAUAGGAUUGUUGCAAGGAGUAAGUAGUUAAUACUUGGAGGAAUCACAGUCAUAUAGCAUGUAUUCUGUAAAUAUUAUCUAUAAUUGUUAUUGUCAUUAGUAUUAGUGAAUUCACAUACAAGGAAGAUCUGUAAUAAAUGUAGAAAUGCCUCCUGUCACCUCUCAGAAAUUAUUAAACAUAAUUUAUUCUAGGUAAAAUCUAGAUUGUAGUGAAUGUAGGAAGUUCUUCAGCACUUGAGCUGCAUUAGAAAUUUCAUGCCAAAAAGAAACCCUGUGAAUUUCAUGAAUGUGAGGUCAUUAGUAGUACAGCUGUUGAAGAAUUAGAGGGAAACAGGAAGUGAUUUUCCCAUAAUUCCAAAAAGCAAAAGGCUUACAAUCCCUGUUGUCUGACCACAGUUCAAAAUUAAUUAGAAACUAUCAAAAAUGUGGCUUAAAAGAAAUGAACCACCUAGGAAUUUCAUAUUAUUGUGUAUAUUUAUGUGUGUGUAUAAAACUGCUGUGGAAAAGAAAGAAAACAUCAUUCUGUAAGUAUCUUCAACCAGUAGGAGUUGUUUCAAGUUGAGUUUUUGAUGUGAUCCCACCAGUAAUUUGAUAGUUUACUUGAUUGUGGCUGCAUAAUUUGGUCACCUAUGGAAGAUGCUAGAGCACCAAUUUAUAUAUAUAUUUUUUGAGACAGAGUGUCACUUUGUCCCCCAGGCUGGAGUGCAGUGGCACAAGCAUAGUUCACUGUACCCUGUUCCUCCUGGGCCCACCUCAACCUCCUGAGUAGCUGGGACUACAGGUGUGCACCACUGUGGCUGGCUAAUUAAUUUUUUUUUGU